AUGCCCAGCAUGGAAUAUAACCCGCGCAUGAGCAUGGCUCCGCGCAGCUCACAGCAGGGUAGCCAGCAGAAGAAACGGCAAGAAGACGACGGAGAUGCAUUCAUGACAUUGGUGAGACGGCUCUCGAGAUGCAGCGCAUUGGUAUGGAUGCUGACCCUCGCAGCCCGACAAAGAGAUCGCAGGAUGUAUCAGCGACAUUGGCAUCAACUUCGCCAUCGACGACCUCCGCAAGCCGAACCCUCAGCAAAUCCAGAAAGUCUUCGAAUGGUUCGCCGAACUCCUCACCAACACGACACGAGAUGUAGUCGCGCCAGCCAUGCGCGCAGCAGCAGAGGACAUGUGCGGCGACGACGCCGAUCGCAUCUUCACAGCCGACACGAGAGAGCUCAUGGGCUUCUUCAUCACCAUGCGCAAGUUGCUGCUGGAAUGCGGGAUCAAAGACUUCACCUUCAGCGACCUCUACCGUCCCACGCACCCUCGCCUGGUCAAGAUCUUCUCCUACAUCAUCAAUUUCAUCCGUUUUCGCGAAUCCCAGACCGGCGUCAUCGACGAACACUAUAAUUCCUCCGAAAAGACCAAAAACCUCAUCGAGCAACUCUACAUCUCCAAUCAGGAAAAAGAAGACCAGUUGGCGGAGAUGGAACACAAUCGCAAGAACGUCGAACAGGCCAUCAAAGACAAGGAGCGUCGGAACCAGGAGCUCAAGACUCGUCUUUUGGAAUUGAAAAAGAGCCAGGAACGCGUCACGGAGAAGUUGGAACGCGUCAAGGGCGAACAAUCCCGUCUCAAGACGCUCCUGGAAGAGAAGACUACAAGCGUGAUGAAUACCCGCUCCGAAGCAAACAAACUCCGUCCCUACACCGAGCAGUCCCCGCAGGUCCUCGAGCAGUCCCUCCGCGAUCUGCAGACCAACCUUAACAACGACCGUAACGAAAUCGAACGUCUGGAUAAGCGUUCCCGUGCCUUGCAGACUUCCGGCGACACGUUCUCCCUCCUCCAAACGGAUAUCUCCUCUCUCACCCGCCUCCUCACAGAUCUGCAGAACGAAUUGAACAAGGAGGAAGAGGAAGCUCGCUCCGCUGCCAAGAACCGCGAACACUUGACGGAGAAGUCCAACAGUGUGAGGGAAGUGGAGCGACAAGAGAAGAUGUUGAGAAAGCAACUGCAGCAAUGGCAGGAUCGGACGGAGAAAUUGCGGAAGGAUGCGGAAGUUCGUGCGAGCAAUGCGAAGCAGAAGAUGGAAAGCUUGCGUGCUACACAUCGGGAAUUGACAAGUGAGAGGAAGGAGAGAGGAGAAGAGGUGGAGAAGCGGAGGGUUAGGAUCGAGCAGACGGAAAAGAAGGUAAGCAAUGUCUCAACUGGUUCACGCUGUGGGGAUGUAUUGAAGGCUAACUUUGAUUUUUAGAUGGCAGAUCUGAAGGAACAGAUUGAGCAUGAGGUGCAGAGUGCACGAGAGGAGUAUAUGAAGAUGGAAAGCCAUAUUCGGUUGUACAUUACCGAGAUGGAGCAGAGCAUCUAG